CCCUUGCCCCUUUCCCACAAUUUCACUUCACCGGAGAAACAGAACAAAACCCCCGUCCCUCCUCGCCAAAACCCCACCCCAAAAUCUUCUCACAAACCAGACAUCAUAAUGUCGAGCCUUUCCCCUUCUUCCACCCUCACCGGGCCCCUCCUUCCCCCGUCUGUCGAACAAAUGAUCCAAAGAAUCUGCGCAGAGCAAUGCCAAACGCCGCCGGACGGUGCGGUCCGAUGGCAGCUCGAUCAGCUCGGCGAAGAAGCCUCACUCGACAUACUCAGGAAGUUCUCCACCCAAAGUGUAAGAAAAAGUCUGAGCGCUGACAUUGUUUUCAUGGCCAAGAACGCUCGUAGUCGAGGAACUGGAAAUCUCUCUCCUUCGAAACGAAGUGCUGUUAGUAUUAGCCCUAGUCCCGUUGGUUCACCGAAUGGUUUUAGUCCUCACUCACCAAUCGCAAAGCGUGCGCUAUUGGCGCCUUCUACGAAUUUGGGGACAGCAAGCAUUGGGGAAAAUAAUCCCCUGAUGGCCCUAUAUGACCUGGAGUUCAGGAAAGCAUUCUUGAUACUGAGUUACGCUGGGAGGAGGAAGCUGGAGGAGCUCAUAACAGUAGAUCACAUUAUGAUGCUCAAAGAUCUUCCAAUGAGGGAUUUUGAGACGGAAGUAUGGGAUGCCGUUGGUAAGAACAACAUCAAUAAAGAGGACCGGAUACAGUAUCUGGACUGGGAUUCUAGAAAGACUCAUCUAUACCACUGUCAUGUUCAUCAAGAUGGCAGUUAUGCUUUCAAGGGACCAUAUUUGGGCAACACGAGAACUCACCUGCAGAGGAAGUUAGGUGAUGACAACGUUUUAAUUGUGAAGUUUGUGGAAGAGGCCUCCGAAUGUACUAAUAAGAUGGUUGGCUCAAGUUAUUAUGAUGCUGUAUUGAAUACGAUGGCCAAACAAGGAAUUCUCAUUGGCCUGAGGCGCUAUCGGUUUUUUGUGUUUAAAGAUGGAGGCAAAGAAGAGAAGAAGAAAAACCAAACUUCAUCGUCUGUUAAAUGCAUCUUUGUACGAUUCGAGUCUCUUGCCCCUUGCGAGGAGAGAGAACCAUAUAUUUUGGCAAACAAAUCAGUCUAUGAAGCGAGGUCUCUUUUCAUGCAUGCAAACAUGGUCCCUACAAUGGCGAAAUAUAUGGCUAGGUUUUCCCUUAUUUUAUCUACAACCAUAAAGCUUCAAGUUGAUCUUGCUUCCGUAACAAUUGAAAGAAUUGAAGAUACUCCUUGCCGUGAUGAAAAUGAAUGUAUUGUCCGUGAUGAAGAGGGAGAACGCCUCAUACAUACCGAUGGAACUGGCUUUAUUUCAGAAGAUUUAGCUUUGAAGAUUCCCAAAGAUUUUUCUAGAGCUAAGUACAUAAAGGAUGGAAAUUUUGAGAGAUUUCUCGAUCAUGUUAACUGUGAGGAGAAAUCACCAGAACUGGAAGGGUCCGAAGCUCAUACUAGGGAACCGCCUUUGCUGAUGCAGGUUCGUUUGUUCCGCAAUGGGCUUGCCGUCAAGGGAACUCUUCUUCUCAAUAAAAAGCUUCAAAACACAAUUCAAAUUAGGCCCUCGAUGAUUAAGGUUGAACCUGAUCCGAGACUUAUAAAUGCACAAUCUUUUAACUCCCUGGAGAUUGUUGCAGUCAGCCAUAAACCGAAGAGAGCUUUUCUGUCGAAAAACUUGAUUGCACUUCUUAGCUAUGGAGGAGUCCCUGAAGAGUUUUUUCUAAAAAUCCUGGAAAAUGAGUUGAAGGAUACUGGGAGUGCUUACUCCGAAACGCGUGCCGCAUUAAGAGCUGCCUUGAACCAUGGAGAAAGAGAUGACGAUUUUACUUUGGCAAGAAUGAUCUUAUCUGGAGUUCCUCUAAACGAACCAUACCUGCAGUAUCGUCUAUGUGACUUGGCAAAGGAUGAAAGAAAGGCGCUAAAAGGCGGCAAGCUUCCUGUUACAGAAAGCUUCUACUUAAUGGGCACGACGGAUCCAACUGGAAAAUUAAAGAGCCAUCAAGUUUGUGUCAUCCUAGACAAUGGUCAAAUUUCGGGAGAAUUGUUAGUCUACCGCAACCCUGGUCUUCAUUUUGGAGACAUUCAUCGUUUGGAAGCUGUUUAUGUGAAAGAGUUGGAAGAGACUGUUGGAAAUGCCAAGUACGCCAUAUUCUUUUCAACCAAGGGUGAGAGAUCUGUAGCUAAUGAAAUUGCAAAUGGCGAUUUUGAUGGGGACACGUACUGGAUCUCUAGGAACCCUGAGCUGUUGGAAAGUUUCAAAGUGAGUGAACCUUGGAGGCGUAUCUAUUCCACACCAAGCGUUCGUAGUAAAAUGCCAAACGAGCUUUCCGAGGAGGAGUUAGAACACGAGCUCUUUAAGUUGUUCAAAAAAACCAGGUUUCAACAGAGUAACUCUAUGGGUGUGGCUGCUGAUAGUUGGACUGCAUUUAUGGACCGACUUCUUAUUCUGGGGGACAGUUGUGCUGAGGAGACAGAACGAAUGAAAGUGACAAUGCAUCAAUUGGUAGAUACAUACUAUGAUGCUUUAGAUGCUCCGAAAAGUGGAAAAAAGGUGGUAAUUCCAGAUGAAUUGAAGGCGGAAAAGUUUCCCCACUACAUGGGAAGGGCAAACAGCUACCACUCCACUUCUGUUUUAGGACUUAUUUACGACACUGUAGAAAAGUUCUUGCAAUCCGAAGAUCUUCCAGCGAAUGAUGUAGAAAUCUUGAAAUUACCCUUUUUCGAUGUUCCACUCUCAAAGGACAGCUGGAUGUUGUGGGGCAAGAGGUAUGAGGACUACAGAAACGAGAUGUCGGCGGCUGUGAAGUUGGAAGACGAAGAUGCAAAGAACGUGGCCGCAAACGCAGUGACAAACAAUUUCAAACAGUUGCUCUAUCGUGCCCCGGAGUUUGAAGAAAGCAAGAGGGAUGUUGAAGAAAUAUACAGAGACGCCCUUGCGAUUUACAAUGUCGUUUAUGAAUAUGCAGAGAAAGUUGGAGAUAUCGGUAGAUGCAGAUUUGCUUGGAAAGUGGCCGGCCCGGCCCUCUUGAAACUCUAUCUCCUGAAGAAUACUGAAACUGAGAAGGUGAAAAAUCCUUUUCUUUGUUCACCAACUGUCCUGCAGAAGUUAUUCAAGUGAAGAACUGUAUCUGGUUGAGGUUGAUGUAUAUAUGUCUAUGCAUGUACAUAACAAUGUAAUUUUGUUUGUGUUGUAUGUAUAUUUUACGAGAAUGUAACUGCUAGAAGUCAGUCCAAAUAGAAUAGGCCAGCUCGCACUGAUCCAACAAGUCCAAGUCCAGAGCAUCUUCAUCUUUGUAAACUACUCCUAUUAUUUAACUGCAUUACUCCCCUACAGGUGGUUAAGGAUGAAGCUCGAAUCAA